CUCUCAUCGUCGUCGGCGACGCCCAGACCAGCACGACCAUCGACGCGCUCGUCCGCCACGAGGCAGAUCUGCACACCGCGUGCGCAUGGCUGAUGAUCGCGACCGGCGCCGCCGUUGUUCUCGUGGAGUUGGGCGGCGGCAUCGCUGCUGCGUACGGCCGGUACGCCGCCACGGCGCCCUUCGCCCGCUGGCUGGGGCCGAUGGUGCCAGCGUGGUUCGCCUGGAUGUUCCAGGAGAGCUGGUCCGUGCUGGUGCCCCUCGCACUCCUCCCGUUUUCCAACCCGACCUGCCUCGUCUCGCCGGGCAACCUUGCGCUCGGCGGUAUGUUCCUCACGCACUACACGUACCGAUCGUUCGUCUACCCGCUUCGCAUCCGCGGCGGCAAGCCGAUGCCGCUCGGCAUCAGCUCGCUUGCCGCGCUCUUUUGCUUUUUCAACGGGUACCUGCAAGGCCGGCUGUGGACGGCGCUCCACGUGUUCUCGCUCGACACAGCAGCGGACCGGGCCUUCCUCGCCUGCGGGGGCGCGAUCUGGCUCUUUGGCUGGUGCGUCAACCUGCACUCGGACAGCAUCCUCCGCAGCUUACGCCGGCCGGGCGAGACGGGCUACAAAAUUCCGCGCGGCGGCAUGUUUGAGUACGUCUCCGCGGCAAACUACUUCGGCGAGAUUGUGGAGUGGUCCGGCUACGCAGUCGCCUCGCGGUUCCACGUCGGUUGUCUCGCAUUCGCGCUCUUCACGGCGUGCAACACCGGGCCGCGCGCGCUGCACCACCACCUGUGGUAUCUGCAAAAGUUUGAGGACUACCCACGCGACCGGAGGGCGCUCAUCCCGUUCGUUUGGUGAGGGCGUUU